AUGGAUCCGCGCUCAGACAUCACACUGGAGCCUGGUGCUCCUGGCCAGUCACCCAGCUCGCUUUUGUUUUUUGAUGGUAACACUGCCUGCGUGUCGCAGCCAUCACCACAAAAUAUCCCUGACUCCCGUCCCAAUCUGCCCACCUCCACGGACGAGACCCUCGAUUCUGUCUCAACAAUCACACCGCCCCAAGUUAAUGAUACGCCUCUACAGCAUACUGUACUCCUGAACCAAGCAGACAGAGUUCGGGCAGAUCUAAGAGCGUACUUGACCGGCAAGUUCCUUGAAUUCGCAGACAAGCCCCGCGAGUAUAUCCUACCUACGUCGGACUUUCACGAACUACUCAAGAAUCCUAACUUUGAGUCUGACAGAAAAGAGGCUGGAGUCAAAUUCUCAUAUAACUCCCACACGUCAACCCUCACACUCUUCACUAUACAAGGCGCGAGAUACGCUUUCAUUAUCCAAUGGCUUACUACUAUAGCCCUAGCGAAAUUAGAUCCGUCGACCGAGGAUAAAUUUUACCUUACAGGUAGCGGCGACGAAGCCUUCGAAGGCGAAUGGAAAUGGUCUAUAAAGCAGCCAGACUUAGCUAUUGUAUGGAACGAGGACGAUACCUCAUUCGAACUACACACUGUUGUCGAGAUCGGUAUUUCACAGUCAUACGACAGUUUACUUAACGUUCGGGAUCUAUACUUGAGAGGCACAUCCACAGUCUCUAGGUUCGUCUUGGUCAAUAUUGUCACGGACCCCGAGUAUAGAAGCCCAGAGGGUUUGAAUAUCGACGAACUGAAGAAUAUCCGGAAAGCGGAUUUUCAACUGGAUUCAAAUCAAGGGCCACUUUGGUAUAAGGGUGUCCAAUGGAUGGGGAAAAGUACGCUUUUGUGGGAAGUCUGGGAACGAGGUCCGAAUAAUGGAAAGCCGAAACGGGUUUUCUCCGCGACUAUCGAUCCCGACGACAGCAGAACAGAACUCCCAUUCUUCGAAAUACCGGCCACAAUCACAACUGGUAUUAACACUGUGACAAUUACGCCGACGGAUAUUAACAAGCUUUACGCUCGUCGGUUCAAAUAUCUGAUUAUUCAAGAAGCCUACAUACGGAUUUUAAGAUAUGUCAAGAGUGUGGAAGGAAGCCGACAGUAUACGGCGGAUUUGGCUGGGCGGAAGGACGAAAUAGACGAGAACAGAUCGAAAGCCAGCGAGGAGCGUACAGAGCGCUGUAGAAUUCCAGCGGAACGUCGAGAGAAGGCGGCGGAUUUGGAGGAGUAG